AUGAUCGGCAAAGGCAUCCAGUAUGGAUUUGUGUCACAGGAGAGGCAUUCGUCUUCCUACAUAUUCCGGAUGAUCCUACCAUCGUAUACUCUUCUGUGCGCGUGCCUAACCUAG